UAGUCGUUGUUGCGCUUUCGGACGGUGUACACACUACGGCCAAACAAUGGGUAACAAAGUGGUCACCUUCACCGACCAGCAGCUGGAGGACUAUCAGGACUGUACGUUCUUCACGCGCAAGGAGAUACUGCGCGUGCAUCAGCGGUUCCACGAGGCCAGCCCGGACCUGGUACCGGUCAUUAUGACCGAGGGACAGGCGUCCACCAUACAGGUGCCGCGGGAACGCAUCGAACGGUUGCCCGAGCUGGUGGAGAACCCGUUCAAGGGCCGCAUGUGUGAAGCGUUUUCGCGCGACGGCGACGGUAACCUGACGUUCGAGGACUUUCUCGACCUGCUGUCCGUGUUUAGUGAGCAGGCGCCGCGUGACAUUAAGGUGUACUACGCGUUCAAAAUUUACGAUUACGAUCGUGACGGGUUUAUAGGGCAGUCGGAUCUGCUGAACGUGAUCACUGCGCUCACGCGCAACGAGCUAUCGCUGGAGGAGCACCAGCAGAUAGCGGAAAAGGUUAUCGAGGAGGCGGACGUGGAUGGGGACGGGAAGCUGUCCUAUCUGGAGUUCGAGCACGUGAUAACGCGAGCGCCCGACUUUAUAUCGACGUUUCAUAUUCGUAUCUAGAGUAUUUUAGGUGUGUUAAUUGUUUUAUCAUAUAUGAAAGAAUUUAUUACAGUUUUGCCGCUUUGAAGAGUAUUUUAAUAUAAAUAAAAAAGUGUGGCC